ACGAGCCCCGUGUGACUGACUGCGAGCAACCCCUCCGCCUGCACACCACGCGAGAGAGAUGGCGGCCGUGGCGGCGGCCGUCGGCGUGCUGCUGCCGUUCCCGUUCUACUGGGCGCUGUGGAACCACCCGCAGCGGUGGGUGGACCUGUGCGGCGGCGGCGACCCGUGCCGCCGGAUGGCCCAGGUCUCCCACGUCCUCAAGGCGCUGCAGCUCCUCGCCCUCGCCUCCGUCGCCUCCUUCUCCUGGCCGCCGCCGCUCUGCUCCCUCGUCGUCCUCGCCGUCGGCCAGUACCUUAAUUUCAAGGUCUACCAGCUGCUUGGUGAAUCAGGUACCUACUACGGUGUUCGAUUCGGAAAGAAAAUCCCAUGGGUGACAGAAUUUCCCUUUGGUUAUAUCAAGGACCCUCAAUAUGUUGGCAGUAUGCUCAGCCUUGUAGCACUGCUUUGCUGGGUUCCCUUCCAAUAUGUUCUGCUCUGGUGCCUUGGCUAUGUUUUCAUGAUGUGGGUGGAAAGCAGAGAAGAUCCUGCCACUCGUGCCAAGCUGCUCUCCUGAUCACCUAGCUGCUGUUUGGUACUAACAUUUCAGGGAAUCUGUGGUUUGUCACUAAACUGAUGUUUCUUGAUGUGUCUCUUUGACAAUGGCUGAACUCGAUCGAAAUGAUUCAAUAAAAAGACGUACUACCAGAUUUCUGCUGUGA